AUGACCCAUGUCUACGACCACAACUCUAAAGAUGACAUCGAGUUCGAACUUUUCAAGCGUCGUACACGUUCAAAUUCACGAGUUCCACCACGCAUCCUGGACCUCGACGCUCUGACAGUGCAAGAUUCAGAGCAGAUAGACCCAGGUAGAUUCAGGACGUCGGAUCUUGUGCACACAUUGCUGUACUACUCAAAAGGUAUUGAGGGAGUUGCAGCAUUGCAGAACAUCUCGGAGGAAGACUCAGUGUCGUUCUCUCACUUUCGCGCCAACACGGACAACGAUUACGGUGUGACUUGGGAGAUCAGUCGCAAGGGGAAAAGGGGCGCGAUCAAUAUCAUCGACACGACUAGUCCAGACACCGACCUCUCAGAACUAGACCCUACAAUGUUCGUGGCUUUCGGAGUCACAUCCAACGGCGUUUGGAAAACGCUCGAGUGUGGUGGUGUGUGGUCGAGCGCUACGGCACGAGAUCCUCGAAUGAUGAGGACGGUGUCCCUGCUCGUGCGGAGGUAUGUUCUUGAGGAGAUUGCACUGAUUCUGCUCGGUCGGAGACGUCUUCUGGAGCCCUCCCAGACAGAUCAAGCCAGUAUGUAG